AUGGCGAGCCAGCCAGAACUCACAUCACCGGAUGGAUCCAGUAACAGAAAUUCCCCAAAGAGAUGUCCGCGUCCUCUGUAUUCCUGGGACUCCACCAAGGAACAUCAGGAGUUCCCUCAGGAGGAUCAGUUUAAAAAUUUGAAGAACUUUAAAGUUGAAGUAAAGGAGGAGACAGAAGAGCCAUAUAUGAAGAGCGACAAGCUGUGUAAGGAGGUCAUAAGGGACCCCGGAGACACCAGAGACACUCAUAAAAAUGUCAAAGAGGAGGAAAAAGCACAUGUGAAGAUAAAAGAGGAGGAAAUCCCUAUAGAGAUCAGCACAGACCCCGGAGACACUCAGGGUAAUAUCAAAACUGAGGAAAAAGAAAAAAGAUCUGUGGACAUUAAAGAGGAAGACAUUUCUGAAGAAGUCAGCACAGAUGGAUCCAGUAACAGAAAUCCCCCAGAGAGAUGUUACAGUCCUCUUUCUUCCUUGGAUUUCACACGGGAACGUCACAAAAACCUGCGCUGUUAUCAGUAUAAAAGGCUGAAGCACAUUAAAACUGAAGUGACGGAGAAAGCUGGAGAGACAAAUCUGAGGGGGGAUAAGUCAUUCAAGAAGGAGGAAAUCCCACCAAAGAUCAGCCUAGACCCCGGAGACACCAGAGCAACUCUGAGAAAUGUCAAAGCUGAGGAGGAGGAAGGAAGACCUCUGAAUGCAAAAGGAAAAGCCGUUCUAGAGAUCGGCACGGAUGGACAAUACAGAUUUCAAAACAGGGAAAAGUAUCCCACGGCCUCUUCAGCUGGUGAAAUAAUUGCGAGUGAGGACGUCACAGCCAGUGUUUCAGAUGAAAACGUUGUUACACCAAAUCGGCAGCCGGUGUCACUAAAAGAGGAGAGGCCCUUCUCGUGUUCCGAAUGCGGGAAAUCCUUCGCUCGGAAAUACUGCCUCACCAUACACCAGCGAAGUCACACGGGGGAGAAGCCAUUUCUGUGUUCGGAGUGCGGGAAAUGUUUUUCUCAUAAAUCUAAUCUUGAUCAACAUCAAAGAACUCAUACCGAGGUGGAGCCCUUUUCAUGCUCUGAAUGUGGAAGGCGGUUUCAUACCAGGCGGAUUUUAGCCACGCAUCAGAGAGGCUCAUACAAGUGAAAACGUGUACACGUGUGCCAAGUGCGGUCAAAGUUUUUUUAAGAAAUUAUAUCUUAAAAGACAUGAAAGAGUUCAUAUCGGGUUGAAGCCGUACUAA